CACGGUCGAGACUUCAUCUUCAGAUCUUUGCAUGUAAAUAACUCGUUCACUAACUGGGGCUCCUUCGUUAUCUGUAUUAGAAUUUGUAGCACUAUCUUUACAGGGACCCUCUUAAUUGAUCUUAAAGUCUGAGUCUAAAACUUCUUCAGACGCACCACAUCAAGCCUCUUACCUGAUAUCCCUACCGCUAUACAAUCCUCGGAGAUGGUCCGAGCAUCUCAAUCCAAGACCUUCUCUUCGGCGCCAUAUUUUCAAGACCGUGGUGUUCAUGGGACAGCGCAGCCCAUCACCGAAAGAGUAAAUCCUCAUUCCCGACCCAUUGUCUCAUAUUAUUUUCCCAAAGAUAUUGGCGCACAACACUAUGGCGAACGUCAUCCUAUGAAGCCGCAUCGACUUACGCUAACGAAUGCUUUGGUGUUGGGUUAUGGACUUGACAAACAACUGCAUCACAUAUAUGAUGUUCGGUGGGCUACACGAGAAGAACUCGAAGUCUAUCAUGAUUCAGACUACCUUGAUUUUCUAGCCAAAGUUACACCGCAAAAUCAGGGAGAGAUGAAACAAAUGCUGGACAACUUCAACUGUGGAGAGGACUGCCCCGUUUUCUCCGAUAUGUAUGAUUUCUGUCGUAUGUCAUCCGGAGGCUCGCUUGCAGCUGCUAGAAAGCUCUGCGCUGGUACCACCGACAUUGCUAUUAAUUGGGCUGGUGGACUCCACCACGCGAAGCGAGGGGAAGCCAGCGGAUUUUGCUACACGAAUGAUAUCGUUUUGGGCAUUCUGGAACUCCUGAGAUACCAUCCUCGAGUUCUAUAUAUUGAUAUUGACAUCCAUCACGGGGAUGGUGUCGAGUUCGCCUUUUAUAACUCCAAUAGAGUUAUGACUGUGUCUUUCCACAAGUACACUGGCGACUUUUUCCCUGGGACUGGUAAAUUGGACGAUAACGGCAGCGGACUGGGGAAACACUUUUGUCUCAAUGUACCACUGCUAGAUGGGAUCGAUGACGAGAUGUACCUCACCGUUUUCAAGACGGUGAUCGGUGACACGGUUCACGCAUUCAGUCCGUCAGCAAUCGUCCUUCAAUGCGGGGCAGACUCUCUAGGCUGUGACCGACUCGGCGCAUUCAACUUGUCUAUAGCAGCACACGGCGAAUGCGUCAAUUUUGUCCGAAAAUUCAAUGUCCCACUCAUGAUUGUCGGGGGAGGUGGAUACACAAUCAAGAACGUCAGUCGCUGCUGGACUUACGAGACCUCCGUCCUUGUGGGCGCAUCAAUACCCAAUGAAUUACCGCGUACCGUCUAUGACUCCUUCUUCGCUGACUCCCAUUGGAAACUCCAUCCACCGCUUACCGGGAAAGUCGAUAAUCAAAAUACCCCUGCCUCAUUGCAGCGCGUCACGAUCAGUAUAAAGAAUAAGCUCCGGUACCUGCAAGGUGCGCCGAGUGUCGAGAUGCAGGAGAUACCCCCGAACCUCCAGGGGUUGUUAGCAGACGAGGAGCGUACGCAAGAAGAGAAAGACGAAGAGCGUGGUACUGCAAAAGCGGGAGAGCGACGGGAGGAACGAACGAUUGCUCGUAAUGAAUUUUAUGAUGGGGAGAUUGACGUUGAUCAUGUCCCGCCGGUGUCUAAUAACAAUAAGCCCACGAGUGGUCGUCGAGGACGCGGUGGACGCCGAGGACGGGGAGGUCGUAGGUCUCGAGGUGGAAGACCCUCCGGCCCGAGUAGAGAUGACGAUGAUUCCAGUGAAGAAGUCGUCACUCCUCGAAGAGGUAGGGGCGGGCGGAGAGGUCGAGGUAGAGUGAAGAGUUCGAGGACUGUUGAGAGGGAGAAAGAUGACGAGGGAGAACCGGAGAAACCUAGUGCAGAUUCAAUGGAUGUGGACGAAGAGGAGUGAUAUCUGCAAGAGGCUUGUGCUAUAUCUGACUUUCCGUUUAUCGUUGUUACAGUAGUUUGGGGCACUAAUAUUUUGGAGACUUGCGCUACUAUAUCGUAGCCAAAGUUAAGGCGAAAGCGUAUGCCCAACGCCUUGAUAAUUUAGUGCGAUCAUGGUCCUGACGUGUUUUAUACGUUCAUCAUUGUUGGGAUUUUGCCGG